AUGAAUAAUGAACCCAAUCCUUCUCUCACUUUAAGUUUAUCAGCAAUCGAGCUCAACCUCGAACCGGAACCGGAACCUGAACCUUCAUCUCUUCCUCGAUCGUCGUUGUCUUCACCCAGGGUCGAACCCCGAGUUUUCCCCUGUAACUACUGCCGGAGAACGUUUUACAGUUCCCAAGCUCUUGGGGGACACCAAAAUGCUCACAAACUCGAGAGAACCUUAGCCAAGAAAAGCAGAGAACUAAGUUCAAGUUUUCGGCCUUACGAAGGAUAUAGCCUAAAGCUUGGACCAAGUUCUAGCAGACAGAGAUUUCGUGGUUAUAUGAGAGAAGUGAAUUAUGAUCAGUGGAAAAAGGAAUAUAAAGCUGAUAGUCAUGUUCAAGAAGAGCUCAGCCAGGUUGAUUUAUCUCUAAGACUUUGA